CAAUAGUCUAGUGGCAACCAAAAGGUUAACAACCAAAAUGUUAACUCUACUAUAUGUAUUGGUGAGUUUGGUGACUGUAUCUAAGUGUUUUAUUCCAUCAACUCGGCCACGAAUAGAGAAAGAUCAACAUGGUCAUAUAUCAUUCUUUCUACACGAUGAACCUGGUGGUCUGGUGGACAUGGUGAUAACGAUGCACGUUCUGAAUGACUUUCACGUCGGAAAGGCAAUUAAAAAUCAAGAGAGCAAUGAAUGGUACUACAGAACAAGUCAUUAUAACUUGAAGGACGAUGACGUAUUACAUUACAAAAUUAGUUAUAUUUUAAACCAGGGUCUUGCACAGAGAAUCUAUAUUGAUUCGGUACAGUUUAAUACAAAAACCACCGUGACGCCAAUACAUCAUCCUGUAGAUAAAAGAGCAGCUGUUGUAUUAUACGAUGAUUUUAGUGGUAAUACAUUAGAUUUUAAUAAAUGGUACUUUGAAGUAUCAGCCAGUGGAGGUGGGAAUGGCGAGUUUCAAGUAUAUUGUCCCGAGAAGUCAAACACGUUUAUAAAGAACGGAAUGCUGUAUUUAAAACCAACCUUCACAGCGGACAGAUUUGGUGAAAACUUUUUACAUCAAGGAACACUUGAUCUUAAAGCAUUAUGGAACAGUUGUACUAACCCUAGUGAAAAUGGUUGUUAUCGACUGGGAAGUCAGAAUAAAAUACCCCCUAUUAUGUCGUCUAAACUAUUCUCUAAAGCGACAAUUACAUACGGUCGAGUUGAAAUCUUGGCUAAAAUUCCUAAGGGUGACUGGAUCUGGCCAGCAUUUUGGUUACUUCCACCUGGUGUGGGUAAAUAUGGUUAUUGGCCGAAAUCCGGAGAAAUUGAUAUUAUGGAAUCACGUGGUAACUUGCAUCUUAAAGACGGUGGUGGAAAUGCCCAGGGUGUUACACAAAUAACGUCAACCAUUCAUUAUGGUAAAAAUUACUUUAGUGAUGGUCACAGAUAUCAAGGCCAUUGGAAACUAGCGCCAAGUGGUACAACAUGGGCUGAUGAUUUUCAUAUGUAUACGCUUGAUUGGACAAGAGACCACAUUAGGAUGGAAGUAGAUGGCCAAGCUGUUUUAUCGUGGAAUACACCACCAGAAGGGUAUUGGAAACAUGAGGGCUUUACUGGUGAUAAUAUCUGGGCAAACGGUGGUAAAGAUGCUCCUUUUGAUACCAAUUUUGGUUUAAUAUUAAACGUAGCUGUUGGGGGAAGUCGGGGAUUUUUUAAUGAUGAUUGGAAUAAUGGAGCAGAUGGUAAGCCGUGGAAAGACAGUUCGCCCACAGCCAUGAUGGAUUUCUGGACCAAUCAUCACCAAUGGCAACAUACAUGGAAUGGAGAUGACGUAGCUUUGAAAAUCAAAUCUGUUAAAAUGACUCAAUAUUAAAACAAACCAUGGGAGAUGCUCCUACUCCCCAUCUGAA